AACUCAUUCUACAACAGAAACAGAAAAUGUUAAGUAUAUCAAAACACAAAUAUAUGUAUUUAGUACCAAAAAAACGGAGGUCUGCUGCAUGAACAACUCCCCCCCCCCCCCCCCUUCACUGAUCGAAUUCCGCUAAUCAGGUUCAUUAUUCCACUCAACUCAACAGAAAAUAAAAUGGUAAGUAUAUCAAAACACAAAUAUGUCUUUAGUACCAUAAACGGAUGUCCGCUGCAGGGACACCCCCCCCCCCCCCCAGUCCAAUGGAUAUUGCUAAUCGGAUUAUAUUUGUACAAAAGGCCGGAUUCAAUAUAAAAAGGGGUAUACUCAAAGAAGUUAUAUCUAUACAUUGUUUGCAUAUUCCAAUUUUUUAAUGGAAGGGAAUCUUUAGCUUUGACAUAAAUGUUCGCAAAACUACCCAACAUGAACUAGGUCAAACCAAACUUUAAAACUAAAAUACAUUUACUCAAGCGAUAACACGUAGAUAGUGUAUAUAGGCUGACACGUCGCACAGGUGUUUAAUUAUCAGGAGUAGACGGAAGGUCGAAAGAAGAGGGAGACCAUAUUGGAUUUUAAGUAAACUUUCCGUGUGAUCCCGGAAUUAGAAAUGCAUCCCCGGCGCAGUGCUCAGGAAGUCUUACUGUGUGACCUUUGUGAAACUGUCCCCCUACAAAGUCAUUGUGAACUUUGUAAUAUAAAUCUCUGUGUUAACUGUGUAGGAAAGCACGUUUCAGACUCGUCUAAAAGACACAAUGUCGUGCCCUUUUUACACAGAAAGUCUACUCCUAACUACCACAAAUGUCCAGACCACACCGAUAAACACUGUGAAAUGUUCUGUGAAAAAUGUGGCAUUCCUGUCUGUUCUACCUGCGUCACUUCAGGUAAACACAAAGGUCACGAUAUAUCAGAUAUUCUGGAAAAACUCAGCACUAAAACAGAAAGUUUACAAAAAGAUCUAGAGGAGCUAGAGACGAGAACUUAUCCCCGGUAUGAGAAAAUGAUGUCUGAUGUCGAAAGGGAGAAAGCCGAAUUAGAAACCAAUUACGGGAAACUGACGACAGAUGCCGAUGAACAAGGAGAAAUCCUACACCGGGAGAUCACCGCCAUUGUCAACCAGCGGAAAUCCGCCAUUGCGGAGAUGAAAACCAAACAUUUGGACGCGCUAAAUAAAGAUACAGAAGAAAUCACACAGAAAAUGGCGGAACUCAAACAGAUCAUGUCCGACUUGAAAUCAAUGCUAAAAUCAAAUGACGUCUCCUUAUUCUCUACUUACAAAUCUAGGAAUUCCGAAUUUAGAACAUUACCGCCUAAAGUCCGAGUCAUAUUACCGAGUAUAUCUCUUCAAAAAAUAAACACAGAUCAGCUCAAUGAAAUGUUGGGUUCUCUGUCGCCAUUAUCCAUUAACACAGAACAUGGCGACACAAUGAAGUCAGCAGAAGCUGUAUCGUCUCCUCCAGUCAAACCACUGCUUGAUGAACCGCGCCUCACCGCCACCAUAGACACUGGGUAUGAAUAUCUAGCCAGUGUUAGCUGUCUGAGUGAAGAUCAAGUCUGGACAUGCGGGGAUAACGAAAUCAUGAAGCUCCUCAACCUCCAGAGUAAACUAUUGACAUCAAAAGAAACCAAAUCCGGGGGGAUGCCAACAGACAUAGCAGUGCUACGGGAUGGAGGUCUUGUUUACACUGACGAUAAGAAUACCACUAUAAACCUAAUUAACAAUGAACAGAUACAGACCGUGAUCACACUACAAAAGGGAUGGGUACCCUUUAGACAGAGGUGGAAACCUGUCAAUGUAUGCAGUACCGCAUCUAACGAUCUCCUGGUUACCAUGAUCAGUGAUGAUGAAAAACAAUCCAAAGUUGUGCGUUACUCUGGUUCCACAGAGAAACAAAGCAUUCAGUUUGAUGAUCAGGGUCGUCCUCUUUAUUCAUCUGGUCCUUUCACUAAAUACCUCAGUGAAAAUAGGAACCUGGAUAUCUGUGUAGCUGACCGGUCAGCUAGUGUAGUAGUGGUGGUCAAUCAGUCAGGAAAACUCCGAUUUACAUAUACUGGUCAUCCCUCAAAUACCGAGCUAUCAUUUGAUCCACGCGGUAUCACUACAGACAGCCAGAGUCACAUCCUGACAGCAGACUGUGUCAAUAACUGUGUCCACAUCCUAGAUCAGGACGGACAGUUCCUCCGUUACAUUCACUGUGAUUUAAAGCUUCCAUUCGGUUUAUGUGUGGACAUCAGAGACAACCUCUUUGUGGCUGAGUGGAAAACUGCUAAAGUGAAGAAAAUCCAAUAUCUAUAAACACAGUGUUAAUUACACAUCUCUACAGUGGUAAUUACAUCUACCAACACAGUGUUAAUUACACAGCUCUACACAGAGUUAAUUACACAGCUCAAUAUACUGUAAUUUACAGAACUGUGUCAAUUCCUUCUACUUCUUAAUUACAUCAGUUUGUUAAUUACAGUUCUGUGUUAAUUACAGUUCUGUGUUAAUUACAGCCCUGUGUUAAUUACAGUCCUGUGUUUGUGAUGUGUAACAUGUACUUGUGUUUGUGAGUUUAAAGUGUUAAUUACACAUCUCUACACAGAGUUAAUUAUACAACUCUACACAGCGUUAAUUGCACAGCUCAAUAUACUGUUAUUUACAGAACUGUGUUAAUUCCUUCUGCUUGUUAAUUACAGACCUAUGUACAUUACAUCGCCGUGUUAAUUACAGCCCUGUGUUAAUAAUAUUUCUGUGUACAUUACAGUCCUGUGUUUGUGAUGUGUAAUACGAACUUGUGUUUGUGAGUUUAAAGGAACAUUAUUUUUUAUGAAUUAAUUCAAUCUGUGUUUGAUUUUUUAAUGUUUAUAUUAGAUAAACAUGAUAAAGAGUUCAGUCUUACAUUAUUAAUGAGUACUUACUUAGCUUUGUAGUACUGUAACAGACAGUGACCCCAAACAGAUCUUCAGAUUCAAGGUCACAGUCUUCUGUUUACCAUCAAUAACUUCACAAGACUUAUCUAAAUCUCCAACGUCCUACAAAAUAAACAAAGUGUAAUUAUAUCAAACUGAAUUGUCAAGGAUAGUAUGUGAUAUGUAAAUGUGAUGGAAGGAAAAGAAGAUAUGGCUGAACCGGAAAUCGAAUCCAAGGCCCUUCGUUCCCAUGAUAUGACUGGACCAGGAAUUGGACCCGAGACCCCUGUAUUACUAGUCAGGUGAUCUAACCACUGAGCUAUCCAGGACGAUAUCCAUGGGGGUAGUGAAAAACUAGGGCCAUCGAAGACACUGGGUCCAGGGCAAAGACCCCUGCAACUACUGAUUUUUAACAAAACAAGACAUUUUAAAAACGUUAUUGGACCUAUUUUUAUGUAUAAGAAAAGAUCAUAUUUUGUGAUAAUUAUUAGCAACAGAAAAAGAAUUCUAGAAGUAACAUUAUUUUUUUUUUGCAUUUUCAGUGGGCAACUGUAAAAGAAUUUGUCACUAAUGCUUGACCAGAAAACUUGUGGUGUCUCUAGAGAUCUAAAAGUAUAUAUUUGUUAUAUCAUGUAUUAGAAAAUACUUGGAGAAAUAGUACAUGCCUGCU